GGCUCAGCUGCGUAGGCACACAGUACUACAGUAGGUAUGUAGAAUCUAAUUUCACAGUCGCAUUCACUCCACAUCGGAACUCACUGAAUGUGAUGGUCAUUCUUUGCUACCAUAGCUACAUGAUAGACAGCCUUCUCGGACUGAGCGGGCGAUUGAAAAUCUAAGAAGGAAAGUGAUGGAUAAUGACUGCACUGCAAUCUAAAGUCACUCUGGAGUGUGGGCACAAGACGAGCAGUGGAUUCUCUGGACUCUUGAUUUAGCUUGGGAUUCACAAUCUCGCAGUGCUUUGCGGUGAAGUGUAGAAGUGUCUACUAGUACUAGCUUCCUGGCUGGCAAUGUAAUAAAUGUAAGCAUCGCUCCUAGUGCUGCUGAGAAGUUGUCAAAAGGAUACCACCCGCAGAUGGCACCCAAUGAUACGCAGGCAUCAAGAAUGUCGUCAAAUGAGACGGCCUCAAGCACAGUGGAAGAUGAGAAGUGGGUGUGGCAGCCGGUAAACGGAAAAACGACAAGCACAGGGGAGGCGAUAAAGCCACCGAUCAAGCUCUUCUACACAGCUGAAGAGGUGGCUUUGCAUACAACAGCAGACAGUUGCUGGCUUUCCCUUCUGGGCCAAGUCUAUGACGUCACACGGCUGCUUCACGAGCAAGACUGGGGUAGUCUAGCUGCCCCCCUUCUAGUUGCAGCAGGGACAGACGUCAGCCACUGGUUCGAUGCAGAGACAAGAGACGUCAAGACGCACGUGGAUCCGGAAUCCAAUCUGGAGAUGUACUAUAUGCCACAGGGUCGCUUUAUUCACGUGCCCCCGGCAGGGCCCUCCUCCGCCUGGAACGGCGACUUUUCGGUACCCUGGUGGAAGGACCGUCGGUACCGGAUCGGACGGCUGUCGUCAAAGUUGCAAACGGUCCGCAUCAAGAACGUGAUGACGGAACAAGAGGACCUGAUGGAGGUUCCGGUCGAAGAGACCAUCGUCGAGAUUCGAGAACGAUACCUUGAGCGGAACGCGCACGCCCGCAGCUACACGUGGAAGGCGAUGAGGGAUACACCGGACAAUCCGGACCGUUUGUUCGUUCCGCUGGACAUGGAGAAGACGCUGGCGGAAAACGGAAUAGCGGACGAGUCGGCCGUGUUCAACGAGCUUGGCGUGCCUGCGGACACCUUCUCGGCAGUCAUUCAUUUGUACUACAAUGACGAUUUAACAGUCGCUUGA